CCAACGCGUAAGUAUCAGCAUGCAUAACAACGACAACACCGAGUUUACGGGUUCAAGCAUCUUUGACGUCGAGAACGGUUCUGGGGGCGAAUUACAAGGAUCCAAGCAAGUUGUGUUGAAGAGUCGAAUGUGGGAUGCCGCAGACCCAGUAUAUGCCGAAUUUCAAGGUAGCUAUCAAGCUCUGAGUAAUGGCCAUGUCCUACAAGCCCAUGGGGCAACCGCAAAGAUCGAGGAGUAGGAUGAAAAUGGCACAAUCGUGAUGAGUGUGCGCUUCGGUUACGACACUACUGUGCAGAGAUACCGUGCCUACAGUUAUCCUUGGAUUAGACAUCCAUCCACUAAGCCUGAUGUCGUAGCGUGUUCAUAUAGCGAAAGCGGGAAGACGGCUAUGUAUGUGAACUGGAAUGGAGCGACAGACGUACAGUCAUGGAAAGUGUAUUCAGGCUCUAAUCUGAAACCAAUUGCGAAGAGGAAUGAUUUCGAGACUACCAUUCUGGUAGACGGACUUACUGAUAGACAUUUUGUGGUUGUCGAAGCAGUUGGUGGCGUGGGUGACGGAACAAGAUCGGAUUGAAAUAACGAGGCGCAAGAGACGAGAAGGGAAGGAGGAGC